UGUACAGUCUGGCAAUAUUAUAACAUAUACGUCAAAAACGCGCUAAUUUAAAAGUCUGUGGCUUGCAAAUAGUUUUACAAAUAAUGGAGGAUUUUGAAAAAAUUGAAAAGAUUGGCGAGGGCACAUAUGGCGUCGUGUACAAAGGUCGCAAUCGCCUUACGGGCCAAAUUGUGGCAAUGAAGAAAAUUCGCUUGGAGUCGGACGACGAAGGCGUUCCUUCGACAGCAAUAAGGGAAAUUUCGUUGCUCAAGGAGUUGAAACAUAAAAACAUUGUCUGUUUGGAAGAUGUUUUAAUGGAGGAGAAUCGCAUAUACUUGAUCUUUGAAUUCCUAUCGAUGGAUCUCAAAAAAUACAUGGACUCGCUGCCAGUUGAUAAGCAUAUGGAGAGUGAAUUGGUUCGAAGCUAUUUGUACCAAAUAACCAGCGCCAUUCUAUUCUGCCAUCGUCGCAGAGUUCUUCACCGCGAUCUGAAGCCCCAGAAUUUGCUGAUCGACAAGAAUGGCCUUAUUAAAGUUGCAGACUUUGGUCUUGGCCGAUCCUUUGGCAUUCCAGUGCGAAUUUAUACCCACGAGAUUGUGACUUUGUGGUACAGGGCUCCGGAGGUGCUUUUGGGGUCACCCCGAUAUUCCUGUCCCGUCGAUAUCUGGUCUAUUGGGUGUAUAUUUGCAGAAAUGGCAACGAGAAAGCCUCUAUUUCAGGGAGACUCGGAAAUCGAUCAGUUAUUCAGAAUGUUCAGAAUUCUCAAAACACCCACCGAGGAUAUUUGGCCAGGGGUUACAUCGCUUCCCGACUACAAGAACACUUUUCCAUGCUGGUCCACCAACCAGUUGACCAACCAGUUGAAGAAUCUCGAUGCCAACGGCGUUAAUCUCAUUCAAAGUAUGUUAAUCUAUGAUCCGGUUCAUCGCAUUUCCGCCAAGGAUAUUUUGGAACACCCAUAUUUCCAUGGCUUUCAAUCGGGCUUAGUUCGAAAUUAACGUUUGACUCUAUUUACAUUUAUAAACAAGAAAACUGGAAAUUUUAACUAAAGCAAAGUAGCUGUAAAAUAAAAAUAAGGGUGUAAAACAAA